GACAGAUCUUCACGAUUUUUAUAAACCCAUAUAACAUCGUUACGCUCUAUGACCGGUGAGCAAUGGCGUCUAGUGCAUUAAAAAAGGCAACUGGAUUAACUGGCCUUGCUGUAGCGGCACACCCCCACCACACCCUCGGAAUCCUGUAUGGCAAGAUUCUAAGAGCUCUGCAGAAAAUACCCUCUGAUGCAGCGUACCGAAAAUACACAGAGGAGAUUGUGUCUGAAAGAGCUCGCAUCGUUGAAAGUAAUCAAGAUGUAGCAGAAGUUGAGAGGAAGAUUGGCUGUGGACAGAUAGAAGAGGUGAUAGUGCAAGCAGAGAAUGAACUGAGGCUGGCUCGCAAGAUGAUUGGCUGGAAGGCAUGGGAGCCUCUGCUGAAAGAGCCACCAUCGGAACAGUGGGCAUGGCCCCCUACCAAGUCAGAAAAAUAAAUCAUGUAAAUAGUUUUAGUCUGUGAUAUCUAUUAAAUAGUUAAUGUUGUUGAAUAGAAGUUAAACUUUUCAUUUUCAAUAAAGAGUGACUUUGCUGCAGAAAA